AUGAACUAAUUAAUCCCUCUUGCCUCAGUUUCCUUAGCAGUCUAAUCAGAUAGAAUUUUUAGAGAUGAUAAGUAAUCUGCCCCUAAUUUCGCUGCUGAUAUUUCAUUAAGCUGGUUGAGGUAGCAAAGUUAACUUUGUUUCAUUCAUAUAGAGGUUAAAGUUAUUAUUUUCUAAAUGAAAUCCUGCUAAUAAAUCAUCGCUUGUGAGUUUUCAAAGUAAGUUUCACCAAGAUAUCUUAAAAAGAAGGUGGAGGUGGUCACCUCCAAUUGUAAAUUAGUACUCCAGGUUCGGCCCCCUCUUCCCUUAGCUCUCAAAAAAUUAAAAUCUUAAGAUCCUGCAUGCAUUCUUAAUAUGCAGGACUGGCCCGUUGCCAUUCUCUUUAGUCAGAGACACUCGAUGAAAAAGGGGUUUAACUCUUUAAAAGUAGUUGGUAUUUACGUUCAGAUCAAUUGA